UCAAGAGGACAUGCAGUACACAGAACUUAUAAUGCUGAUGUGUAUCGAAGUGGUUAUGUUUGAUAAAUGUGUAGUUCCUGUACAAACGAAAGUCGUUCAUCAACCAAACCCGGUGAUCGCUGCUUCUGCUGGUGAAGAAGUGACUCUACAGUGUUUUCUGCUGGAAGAACAAAACACAGAUCCCAUCGUUUGGUACAAGCAAGCAGCAGGACUCGAGCCUUCUUUAGUGGCCGUAGUACAGAAAGUACAGGAUCCCAUUUACAACAAGGAAUUAAAUUACACAAGGUUCCGAAUCGAGAAAGAAAACAAAAGCUGUAAUUUGAGAAUAAUCAACGUGGAAGCGUCAGACGAGGCCGUGUAUUACUGCGGCAUGAUUACAUUUUACACAGUGUUUGCGAAAGGAACUUUUUUAUCAGUGAAAGUUGAUGGAGAUGUAAAAGUGUCAGUGUUCCAGAGCAGUGUAUCAGACUUGGUUCCUGCAGGAGCAUCAGUGACUCUGCAGUGUUCGGUUCUCUCUGAGAGCAGAGCAGCAGAACUCCAAGUGCUCUGGUUCAGAGCUGCUCCAUCACAAUCCCAUCCUCAAAUCAUUUACACUCAUCACAACAGCAGCCUUCAGUGUGAGAGCGAAUCUUCUACACACACCUGUGUGUACAACUUGUCCAAGAACAUCUUCAGCCUCAAUGAUACUGGUACUUACUACUGCGCUGUGGUCCUGUGUGGGAAGAUCAUUUUCGGGAACGGGACACGAGUACAGCUGGAGGAUUGUGCAUCCUCUAAUCCUGUAGUGAUGAGUCUGGGAACAGUGUUAGUAAUGUGCGGGAUUCUGAUCUCUGUUCAAGCUGCUUUACUGUGUAAAAGGAAAAACUCUCAGCAACACAGAGCGAGAAUUCAGCAUGGUGCUGUGAUCAACACUGAGAAGAUGAACACUCAGGGCCGUGAUGCACCGGAUCUGAAUUAUGCUGCAUUAAAUUUUAAUGACAGAAAACUAAAAGAGUUAAAGAAAAUGAAGGUCGAUCGAAGAACAGCGUGUACUCUGAAGUGAAUAUUUCCAGCACU